GGUUAUUUCCCUUAUUUUUUGUAAUAUAUUUUUAAAUUAAUUGUUUAAAUCUUUGGAAAUUUCUGGAAUCUUCCAUAUGUGUUCGCAUUUUCCAUAUUCUCACAUUUAUUCUUUACAAAUAUUCAGGUAAAUUUGGAUGAUGUGAUGGGAUUUUAAAUGUAAUGUCAAUUGUGUCGAUUCACAAUUAUAAAAUUUGCUUUUUGGUUUAUUUUCUGGGUUUCUGUACCAUAUUCCCCCUUUAUCGCAGCAGAAAUGGUUCUACGCAUUUUUUCACCAAUGCAAUUAAUUAUACACACUUAAAACCUUCAUUUGUUAAUAUUUAUUCUCAAAUUAGACAUCAAGUUAUUCCCAAAAUUGGUGAAUUUGAUUAUAAAAUUAUUUCUAAAACCCCGUUAAAUUAUUCUUUAACAUGGAUCAACAAUGGUGUGAAUAAGUAUCGAGAUUUUGCCUUAUUAAUGAGAAAACGCAGCAAAAUAAACAGGUUUAAUAAGGAGGUGGAACUGUUUAGAAGGGUCAAAGAAAGGCGGAAGAGGUUUAAUGACCGUUUUGUGGACAUUCGGAAGAUCAAUUUCAGGAACUCUCGCUGUAAUUUACAGCUCAUGAGGCUUCCUGUUUCCCCCCUCGUUGACCUCAAUUCUAUCACACCCUAUAAAACUGUACUAAACAUGAGGGAAGAAAUACCCUUUAAUCCAACCCCUAUGCUUAAAUUUAUAGGCUUCAGGUUUAAACCCCUAAAUAAAGGUCAAAUUUCCUCUUCCGACAGCAACAACUACAUUACUUCUCCAAAUAAGGGUCAAGAGGAAAAUUUAAACUUUUAUGUUCCUGGAAACAGGGUUUAUGACCGUUUUUGCAGGCCCUAUCCUAUGGACAGGCUUUUGGAAAUUAUGGAUGCCAGGAGUUGUGGUUACUACAGUAGACUUGCCACCCCCUUUAAAAUCACCGGAGAGUCAGACUCACCUCCCACUCCUAUUAUGGGUAAAGUUGUUCCUCCUGGCGGCAGUAUAGGUAAAGGUUCCGGAUUUGGCCUUACAAGUCGGACUAAGGAGCCGAAACGCGUUCCUAUAAGUCAGCUUAAAACCUUUGAAAAGGAUGAAAGGAUACAGAAAUUUGAAGACCUUUUCGAGACUGUUGACAAUGACGGGGUAUCCUUUAAAAUUCCUUUGGAUCAAUCGAUUAAGGACCCUUCUAUCAAACAAUUAAUUAACAAAACUUUCCCAAAGGACAUUAUUGACAAUUUUGGUUAUGUGGUAUUGAAAUUGCCUUAUUUGGAUGACGUUUGUGAUGAGGGUGACAUUUUCAGGAAUCCUAGAUAUUUGGGAGAAUACAGAUACAAAUACUGGUUCCACCCGUUUUACGGCUCUCCCAACCUUCCCUGUGAUGCCAGAAAGCUUAUUGAUAAGUACAACGAGGAGAACCCUGACAAGAAGAUCGACUACGAGAAGGAGUUUCUUUGCGAUUUGAUAUACUGUCAUUCCAACGGCACUAUUGUAGAGCUAAAGGAGAAUGUUCUUCCUUUUGAUCCCAAGACGGACGACGUCGUGGUUGAGGGCGAUGACCCUAGGGAGCCAAGGUUCGUCGUCCACUGUGAUCCUAACUACAUCAAAGAGCACAACCUUAAGAAGGGCCAGAUCCUUGAUUUGGUUGACGAGAACCACAGACGUUUAUACUUCGACAACAUCUUCUUCCAGCCCAAGAGCGUCAGGCAUCCUGUUCACCUACCUGACGGUUCCCUUUAUUAUGAAAAUUUCAUACCAAAACAAAGGAAAUAAUUUCUUCGUCCCAUUA